UUUCUUUUUUAAUAAACGCCGCACUCGCGCCGUGUGCGUGUCUUUAAGCUCGCGCGCGAGCGAUCUCGUGCCGUGUCAAGCGCGCGCGGCGUCUCGCGCAGCAGAAUCAAACGAGAUCGUUUCAACACAGACACAUGUUCCAUUUCCAGGGUUUUGACGAUGACUGCACCCUGGAGGAGGAAGGGUUGGUAGAGGAAGAAGAUGAAAUUGACCAGUUCAAUGAUGACACUUUUGGUGCAGGGGCCAUCGAUGAUGAUUGGCAGGAGGAGCAUGCCCGCCUCGCAGAGCUUGACGCAUGGUCCGAGGACGUCGUGCAUGGAGCGGAGAGCGCCUCCUCCUCCUCCUCCUCCGUUGACCUCCCUCCCGCUGCAGCAAUGCCCACUCUUGGCCCUCCUCGACCCUCCUCUUCCCCGGCUUUACCUGGCAUGGAGCGAACGGGAGGCGGUGACCUGGCGGAGUCGCUGACUCGGCUCAUCUUGGGCUCGGAUCCUGCUAUCGCCGGAGUGGGCACCGCCAGGUCAGACAGAUCCCGGCUUCCUCCGAUGCUGUCCGGUCCGCCUCCUAAGCCCUCAGCAUUGGCUGAACAGUCUUCUCUGCUGCUGAGCUACCAACAGCAGCAGCAGCUCAUGCACAGAGCGGCUCCUCUUCCACAGAUAAACUCUCACAGUAUUUGGGAGAACAAUAUGGGCUUCAGUCCUGUUAGUUCUGGACUAGUCACUCAAAAAGAGGACAAAACGCUUAUGUCCAUUAUCAAAGAGGUGGGGCUUCCUAAUCGUCCUCCUGCACUCAGCAGAGAAGAAGGGCGAGAUUUGUCAGAAAUUCCGCCUCCUCGCUCCUGCUCUCCUGUGAUUGGAAGUCCACCUGUAAGGGCUGUACCUAGAACGCCUCCGAAACAGCCCAUGAGUCAGGUUCUACAGUCAAAUAAUCACCCUUCAGCCAUUCACAUUGAGCCUCUGUGCCACGCGCUACCCCCUCCCUUCCCGCCUGUCCCCAACAACCUCCUCAGCAUCACUAAUUCACCGCUGUCUCAUCCUCCGUUCUCUGCUGGUGUUGGUCCUGUUCUGUCUCAGUUACAGAGAGCCCAACUUCUCAACUCUCAGGUUGGUCAGUUCUCACGUGGUCCAGCCCCAUUAUUACAGGGAAGUCUCGGGGGUUUCAGGCCGUUCUUCGGGCAGUCUGGUCCUAGAAUGGGUCCCCAUGGGCCACCUCUCGACCACGCCCCAUCCUCACACAACACCACCCACCUCCACCCACAGCAUCGCAGAAUGCUCAACCAGAGGAUGCAGAACAGAGGCUUGGGCGAUCACGUCGGAGGGAGAGGUGUUGGAGAAAGGAAAAACAGAGAUCCUUACAGCAAUCUGAUGACGCAAAGAGAGAAGGAAUGGGUAGCGAGAAUCCAAAUGAUGCAGCUUCAAAGCACCGAUCCAUAUCUGGAUGACUACUAUUACCAGAAUUACUAUGAAAAAAUGGAGAAGCGUCAAGAGCGGGACAGAGACAACAGGAAGGAGCACACCACCAAACUCAUCACUCCUCAAGUGGCUAAACUGGAGCACACCUAUCGGCCAGUGCAGUUUGUCGCCUCGUUAGGAAAGCUCACCGUCUCCAGUGUGAACAAUCCAAGGAAAAUGAUUGAUGCCGUGGUGACAACUCGUAGUGAUGAUGAGGAAAAAAGAGAAAAGCAAGUGUGGAACAAAAGACGGCAAAUCCUUUACACUGUGGAGAAGAUGUACAGUCUAUUAUUAGAAGUGCAAGACUUUGAGAAGAAGUUCUUGCAGACCCCUGAGCACCAAAGAGAUGCCCUGCUAGAACAGCAUAAAACUCACACGCUGCAGCUCUACAACUCCCUCCGAGAAAAAGAGUGGGACGAUCGAAUGAGCGAUGAGCAGUGCUUGAUGAUCAUGUCUGUGCGUGUGCGUAAGCGCCUCAUCUCCAGACUCCUCCCCUUCCUGCCGGAGACACAGGCUGCCACUGUUGUCAUGGGAAUAGCCAGGAACCUUCCAGCUCUGGCCAAGAAAGACAAACAAGACCAGGUACUGUGUUGGUUGGUAGAGCCAGUGGCGGCAGUAAUCCAGUCCAUGUCGAGUACCUCCCUCACUGAUCUCCUUCAGGAGCUGCAGGGCAGUGAAGGACAGCUUCCCCUUGUGCUGCAAAAUAAGUUUGGCGUGACGCUGCUCUAUCUGAUUCUGAGCGAAGGAGAGAGGAUGCAGAGCUCCGAUCCCAACUGUCAGCUCAUGGAUGAUAACCGCUGCAGAGCACGUUUUAUUUCCCCUGCAGCCAUGCUUGUGUGA